GCCGCCCCCAUCUCCAGGCUCUUUAAAAGAUGAAAAGAGCCUCACAAAAUGUCCUUGUCUUUACUUGUUUGGCUGUAUGUCUCUCUGAUUGCCUCUGUAGACGCUGACUGGAGUCAAGCACCUCACAACUCGUUCAAAGAAAGAGUUCCAAGAACUGGGAACGGCUUUAGCCAAGACAGCAGGACACUAGGCGACAUCAUCUUCGAUGUGUACGCCAACAAUGCAUCCAUGCCCUCUCUGCUGGAGCGUAUGCUGGCGGAGAGUGGAGUCAAGCCGGGUGGUGGUGGUGGUGGCGGCCAGCACAAGGUAGGCUUCCAACCGAGCCCCAGCCAGCCGACCGUGAGCCGAUUGAACCUGACCCAGCACACGAGGAAGGGCCGGCCACGCCUGCCGGGCCAGUCGUGGUCCGGGCGCCCCGACACGGCCAAGCCCGCCGGAAGGGAAGACCUCGGCUACGCCGAGAAAGAGCUGCAACUCUUCCACCAGAUGUUCGAGGAGUACCUCCACUUCAAGGCCCACCGCAAGGGCGAGGGGGUGGCCGCCACCAGGAGGGGGCUGGAGGAGACGUGCGAGAAGAUACUGGGCCGCAAGCACAAGCCGGUCGAGGCGGACUCCACCGUGGUGAUCGUGGACGAUGGCUACCAGGGGAAGAACGCGACCAAGCCGCCGCUGGUGGCCUCCAAGGAGGAGGAGGCCUUCUCGUCGUUCGAGACGCUGGUCAAGGCCAUGCUCUCGCCCUUCUCCCAGCUGCCCACCACGUCCCCCGGCAACGCCAACACCAACACCCGCUUCCCCGACGACGUGACCGUCACCCGCGAGGAGGAGGGCAACUCCACCCCGGUGUUGGAGAUCACGCAGACGGCCGGGAGCGGGACGGGGACGGGACCACCGACAUCGACCUGACCUCCGGCGGGCCAACGGCGCUGGAGUUCUCCCCGGCCAGCGUGGGGCCGACGGGCGGGGAUGAGGUGGUGACCACCGUGGU